CCUUUAAGUGGCUAGUAAGUUGUUGAAUUUCUGUUGGCCGUGUUUGAAAGAGCCAAAGCGACUAAUUCUGCGGCUGCCGGAGAAUCUACUCGCCUGAUUUCGGCCACCAGUCCGCCGCCCUCACAUUGCGAGAUAUACAAUGGCUGUUGUAACGCAUGACUCGGUAAUAAUGUACCCAAUUCACAGUCGAUGGCGGUGUAACCGGGACUCUUAUGCUCGUCGUUUAAACACACUUAACCGGGUUUCACUUAGUUUAACAAAUCAGUCAAAAUGCUCCAAAAGAUGUGAGUAUAUUGACCUUCAUAAUGUGCUUGUACCUUAUGGUGAGGCGUGGGCGUUGCAGAAGGCCAUUGUUAAAGAGAAGAAAGCUUUGAUUGAGAGGAAUGAAGAGUGCCCUGAUACUCUGAUUAUGCUGCAACACCCUCCUGUGUAUACUUUGGGCACCGGUAGCUCCGAGGAGUUCUUGAAUUUUAAUGUGAAAGAUUCCCCUUAUGAUGUUAUUAGAACUGAACGCGGUGGUGAAGUUACCUAUCAUGGACCUGGACAGUUGGUUAUGUAUCCUAUCAUCAACCUUCGAAAUCACAACAUGGAUCUUCAUUGGUACCUGAGGGCUCUUGAGGAGGUGGUGAUUCGUGUUCUUUUCUUAACUUUUUCUAUUGAGGCUUCUCGACUCCAGGGCUUUACUGGUGUUUGGGUUGGAAACCAGAAGCUGUCAGCGAUUGGGAUACGGGUAUCUCAAUGGAUAGCAUACCAUGGACUAGCUCUGAAUGUUUCUGUGGACCUGACACCCUUCCAACAGAUAGUACCUUGUGGGAUACGAGACCGAAAAGUUGGAAGCAUCAAGCAACUACUUGGAGAAUUCCAAGCAUCCCACAAUGAUUCAAGCAUGGAUCAACUCAGUGCUGAUGAUAUUUUACUAAUUGACAUGGCCCAGAAAUCACUGAUUCAGGAAUUUUCUGAAGUUUUCCAACUUAAACUUGAGCUAGUAUCUCAGCCAGCAUCAUAUCUUCUGAAAAAGGAAAAUCCUUAGAGCAAUGCAUGCAUGGUACCCUAAAUUUUUUUUGCUCAUUUUAAAAAAUUUCAAAUUUAGCAAAAUACAUCAAAUGAGCGGAAAAAAGAAAACCUCUGAGUUGAGUGUACCUAACUCUAGGUGCACCUGGGUAUAUCUUAAAAAUUCCAUGAUUCCCAAUGAGUGAAAAUUGGUCUAUUGAAAGGAUUA